GCCCUACGCUUGCGCCCUACCCCUAAGCCCUCAUUUCUGCUCUUGGAAAGGACAGGCAUCUCCCUCCCAUUGGGAAUCGUCCCUAUCAUGGCCGACAUUACUGUGACAGGCCCGAAAGUUGAGGAGUCAAUCUCCUCUGAACUCCCUGCGCUUCCGACCGAGACUGACAGUCAUGAUGUGCCUCCGAAGAUGUCGCAUCCUCUCGAAGAAGAGGACGGCUCCGUCUCUCCCCGGGCUGCCAAAAAACGCCGUCUCGAGUCCGAACCGUCCGAGCUCACCUUGCCGCCGCACCCCGGUGAAAUAACAGUAGCAGACCAAGUCCCCGGAAAUCAGAUUGAACAAGAACUGGCCUCUGCGUUGGGGCCCAGUAUCGUGGACACGGUGGAACCUCUGGAAGGCACACCAACUCAACUUGAUGGCACGGCAGCGGAAACUGCAGUUGCGCCCGAGACAACUGCCGACAUCGAUUCAGACAUGGCCACCGUUAUUUCAAGUAUCAUGAACCACGCCGAACGUGUGGAGGAACAAGUUGUGAUCGGUCAGCAACAGCUGGCGGAUACUGCGAGCCCGGCUCCGAAAGGCAUGGUGUUUGUCAAGGCCAAUUCACACUUGAAGACCCAGAGUUUGCCUAUUCUGGACAAUCUGUCUACCCAGAUUCUCUCGUUGCUUGCCAAGUCGUCGUACCAAGAAAUUACCUCGUUCGUCUCCGAGCCAGAGACCGAGAGCGGCCAAGCCUAUGCCACCAUGCGCUCUUUGUUCGACCACACGAAGAAAGUCUACUCAACCAAGAAGUCGUUCCUAUCUCCUACCGAACUGGAGCUCACCGAGCCUUCGCAGAUUGACAUCAUCCGGAAGGCGAACCUCGCGUCCUUCGUCUCCAGCAUCUUCGGCACUCAGGAGAUUGGAUUUUCUGAACUGAAUGACAAUUUUCUCGAUGUGUUUGUUCCCGAAGGUGGUCGCCUUCUCAAGGUGCAAGGCGCUUUGUUUCUGGAACUCAAGACACAGGCGUUUAUUGCCUCCAUGAACAAUUCCGAGCGCACCCGAACAGAGUUGCUGUACGACCUUUUCCCUGAUGACCUGGAGCAACAGCUGCUGGACCGUCGCCCAGGUACUCGUCAACUAGCUCCCAGCGAGGCGGACUUUGUCAAGCGCGCCGGAUCGCGCCGUGACAUCUUACUCAGCGACGUCAACAACGAGGAGGCUAUGAAGGCUCUGCCAGACAAAUACCAUUGGGAGGACUUCCUCCGAGAUUUGAGCUCUUACGUUACCAAAAACUUUGAUACCAUCAGCAACCAACAGACGAAAAAGAUCACGAAGGGUCGCCAGCCAUCCUCGUCGAAUGGAGAUUCUCAAGAGCCUCCCAGCGCACCCCUCCAAGGCCAAUUCCCUGUUUCGACGCAGCCACCGGAUGUUCCAGUCGACCGGAACAUGCAUGGAGAUCUCGUUGCUCGUGCGGCGCGUGCGGCGCAGAUUGCUCUGCAAGGCCAUGGGCUUAGACGAUCACAACAGCAACAGCAAUACCAGCAACAACAAUCUCAGCAGAAUCAACAACAGCCCCAACAGGUACAUCAGCCGCAGCAACCCCAGCCGCAACAACACCACCAGUCGCAUACAAUCCACCAGCCCCAGAUGCAGCAACAGCCGCCUCCUCAGCAAGCACAGCCCCAGGGCGGUCAGAUCUUGCAUGGCUACUCUGCUGCUCAGCCGACGGGUCAGAUGCCUCACCAGCAGACUCACCAGCAGCCUUAUCAUCACAGCCCAGCGCCUUCUGGCUACCAGCAUCCGCCCAGCCAGCUCACAUUUCAGCCAAGCCCCCUUCAAGCCAAUUUCCAACAAUACAGUCAUGUGACCCCAGCGUCGAUUCCGCGACCUAAUUCGGCCGCGGCCAAUCACGGUUACAUGCCAGGCAUACCACAUUAUUCUCAGUCCCAGCCUACUCAGGUUCUCUACGAGCGGGCUCGCAUGGCGGCUUCUGCCAAGUCAUCUCCGAGCAGCCGCAAAUCGGGCUUGCCCAGUCAGCGACGUCCCUGGACCACCGAGGAGGAAAAUGCAUUGAUGGCGGGCUUGGAUCGCGUCAAGGGACCACACUGGAGUCAGAUACUCGCUAUGUUUGGCCCUGGGGGGACCAUAAGUGAAGCUCUGAAGGACCGCAAUCAGGUGCAGCUCAAGGACAAGGCGCGUAAUUUGAAGCUUUUCUUCCUGAAAAGUGGCAUCGAGGUACCCUACUACUUGAAGUUUGUCACUGGUGAGCUGAAGACUCGCGCACCUGCUCAGGCUGCUAAGCGGGAAGCCCGUGAGCGGCAGAAGAAGCAAGGCGAGGAAGACAAGGCUCAUGUGGAGGGCAUCAAGGGCAUGAUGGCUCUGGCUGGCGCCCAUGCUCAGCCGGUUGGCAUGGGUCAUGGCCACGAUGCGAUGUCUGCAUCCCCUGGACUGCCGCAUGACCCUAAUGCUCAUUCAGCUUUCGACCAAACUGCGGAGCAGAACCUGAUGCAGACUCUCGGCCAAGAGGUGCAUGGAGAGUCUUUUGGGCAACCUCACCACCAUCAUGUUCAGCAUCAACAGCAUCACCCGCACCCGCAUCAUCAGGACCAUGUAGAUCCGAAUAUGCAUUUAGGACAAUGAUGCGGUUGACGUUGACAUGACGCGCCAGUCAGAUUUCGCUUUUUCACCUUGAUCUCUCCCACAAAUGUAUCAUGUUUUAUUAUCGAGCUUGUUCUUGCUUUUCGUCGGUGCUUUGAGCGGUUCCACUAACUACGACUAUCUAUCUGUGAUCCACUGGGCGGGAAUGUAUGAGGGUUGAUGCAUGGGUUGCAAACGGUGCACGAAGCUGUAGGAGUAUCGCGGAGUGUAUGUACAACGAUAACUG